AUGGCCGUCGAUGCUGCAUACAAAUAUACGGCUAUCGCCGCCCCAAAAACUAUCCGUUUGAUUCGUAUUUCUCCUGGCAUUGAGACCGAUCCUGUCCGUUUCUCUCUGGAGACUUCCCCACUGGAAUCCGCUCCCGAUUAUGAAGCAAUCUCAUACUGCUGGGGCACUGAUCAAGACCAGCAUCAAGUCGAAUGCAACGGGAAGCCUCUUUCCAUGCAUAAGAGCCUCUUCGGAGGUCUCUCAUACUUCCGCUUCCCGGACAAGACCCGCGUCCUCUGGGCAGACGCGGUUUGCAUCAACCAAGCGGAUCCAGUUGAGAAGAGUAGCCAGGUUCUCCUGAUGCCACACAUUUACUCUCAAGCUACACGUGUGUUGGUUUGGCUUGGUGCUGCCACUGACCCUGACUUGGGGUUCGUCCCCUCUCAUACGAACGAAACAAUACUUCAAGGCCUUGAGAUGCUUCCCAGCUUUGAUUUUGAGGAUGCAGCCGACAUGGCAGCCAAGACGCAGGCUAUAUCCUACGACGCGCUGCGCCUACGCGCGGAGGGUAAGCCCAAUCUCCUGGAUCACGACUGGGCACCGCUGGUAGCGUUGUUGCGCCGGCCAUGGUUCCGCCGCAAAUGGGUUGUUCAGGAGGUCGCGCUCGCAAAAGAUGCCCGACUCUAUGUUGGCGGCGGGGUUGAGAUUCAAUGGCUGGAUAUAGCAAGGCUCGCAUUCAGCAUGGACUCGCUAGGGCUUGAUAAGCCCUGGAGAUUGAAGCUUGAAAAGCCAACGCUGGACAGCGACGACGAGAAACCUGAUCCGGGGAAAGGAGGCGCUGUUGAGUUUCGUCCGGUUUACGUGACGUUCUCCCUGAUCAGUUCAAUGUACAUGGUUCAAAUAUACAGACAGCACGCCACCCUAGUAGAUGGGGUCAUGACCACCAAGUACUUCGACUGCACCGAUCCAAGAGACCACGUCUUCUCGCUUCUGGGUCUGGGUGCUAUUGGUGCGACGAUUCGCCCUGACUAUGAGGCUUCAGUCAGCGAGGUCUUCCGACGUUUCGCAGUUUCCAUGAUGAUCGAGGGGAAUAGUCUGAAAUUGCUUAGCCUAGCCCCUGACAAGGCACUCUUUGAAGUCCCAGGAGUGCAACGGCUCGAGGACCUGCCCACUUGGGUUCCAGAUCUGCGUCUUAUGAGGGCGGAUGUCAUGGCUAGUUUCACAGUCAGGCCACAAGGAUUCUUCGCAGGUGGGCAUGGCAAUCCGGUACUAAGCGUAUCCGACGAUGAACGCCUCCUCCACUGCCAAGGUUUGUUCGUUGACAACCCUCAAAAAUUUGCUACGCCGCUGGUUGAAAUGCUUCUGGAAGAUAUCCCCGAACUUCGCACUUCAUGGGAAACUGCGAGUGACCCAUCGCCGGAGCGAAGGGAGAGACGCUUCAUCCGAUGGCUUGAGAGCGCCUACCAGACGGCAUUUGGCAACGAUCGCGCCUGCGAUCUACAACCAGACACCGUGAAUUCCUUCUCGCGUACUAUGUCGUGCGGGACAGACCCCCUUCGCAACCGUCUAUCGCCAGAGCAAGUCACCACAGUGUGGGACUUCAUCCAGUGGAAACUAGAUCCUGAUGCCAACAAGGAUGAAGCCACAAAGCGGGAGUCGAUGAAUUAUUCAAGUACCACCCGGGACUCCCUUCUUCUGCUGACAUUCGGCGCCAAAUUCUGCGUCACCGAGGCAGGCAGAUUUGGGCAGGUACCGCUCGAUUCGAAACUAGGGGACCGAAUAUGCGUCUUGACUGGCGGCGAGGUGCCCUUUGCGGUUCGUCCGACAGGUAGCGGAACUUAUACACUUCUCGGAGAGUGCUAUGUUGAUGGCAUAAUGGAUGGGGAGGCUUUGGAGGAAGCAUCUUCGAGAGGGAUGCCCCUUGAGACUAUCAUCUUAGAGUAG